GAGGUGGGUAAGUGUCAGCAGCUUUAACUUACUUUAAAUCCUAUCUCUUAUCCAUGCACCAUGCACCAUGCACCAUGCACCAACAUACACUUGUCGUCUCGUAACAUUGCCACGUGUUUCAGUAGUUAACGUGGCACUAAGAUGUCCAGGUAUGUGUAAGAAUUUAACCUACAUGCACAUCAUGCAUGCCUUUACGUAAUUGCCUUUAUAAACCAACCCCAAUUCUCACUUUCAAUUCCAUCCAAUCCAAGACAACUUACUUUCUAUUCAAAAAAUCAAUCUACAAUCUCAAUUUGUUUCUUUGUGUGAUCUUUGAAAAUGUCGCAUUACCAGAACCAAUAUGGUGCAACGGCCCAAUCUACAGAUGAGUAUGGGAACCCAGUCACCUCCUACACCGGAUCAGAGCCCCAAUCUACAGAUGAGUAUGGGAACCCAGUCACCUCCUACACCGGAUCAGAGCCCCACCGCGAAAGGGGGAUGAUGGACAAGAUCAAGGACAAGCUCCCAGGUACUCAUGACCCCUACUCAUCUCAUUCUCAGACAACCUACCCCACUCUACCUUACGGUGAAACCGGCUACACUGGAUUGGAGCAGCACCAUGGGAUGAUGGACAGGAUUCCAGGUACUGACCCCUACUCAUCUCAUUCUCAUACAGCCGGCACCACUGCACCUUACGGUGGAACCGGCUACACUAGAUCGGAGCAGCACCACGGGAUGAUGGACAAGAUUUCCGACCCCUACUCAUCUCAUUCUCAUACAACCGGCACCACUGCUCCUUACGGUGGAACCGGCUACACUGGAUCGGAGCAGCACCCUGGGAUGCACAAGAUUACCGACCCCUACUCAUCUCAUUCUAAUACAACCGGCACCACUGCACCUUACGGUGGAACCGGCUACACUGGAACAGAGUACCGCCACCAGAAGGGCACGAUGGACAAGAUCAAGGACAAGCUGUCUGGGACUGGGGGACAUAGGGCGGAUGAUCCUUACUCAUCUCAUUCUCAUACAACCACCACCACGACACCUUACGGUGACACCACCACCACACCUUACGGUGGCACCACCACGUCACCUUACGGUGACACAACCACCACACCUUACGGUGGCACCACCACGUCACCUUACGGUGACACCACCACCACACCUUACGGUGGCACCACACCUUACGGUGACACCACCACGACACCUUACGGUGGCACCACCACGACACCUUACGGUGACACCACCACCACACCUUACGGUGGCACCACCACCCCUGGAAAGAGGGGCAUCAUGGACAAGAUCAAAGACAAGCUUCCUGGUGGACAUUAUUAAAUCACUUCAUAUAUAGGGUUAUGUAAGAGAUUGAUUCGCUAGGUGUCGUUUUGUGUUCAAUGUUUUAGUAUGACGUGUACAAUAAGGUGUGCUUGGUGUAGUUCUUAUGUUUGUGAACACCGAGCUCUGCGCCAUGUCCUCUGUAUUUUGUGAUACAUACUUUGUAUGUCCUUUAUAUCUAUAUAUUUGCUCUUCUUAACAAUA